GAAUUAACAUACGUCAUCUACACGCGCCAUAUUUUUGUUGUUUGCCAAGCUUUCAGAAAUUUUGUUUUGGAACGCAAAUAAAUAAUGCCUCCAAAGAAUAAGCAGAAGAAAGUGAUUCAUCAAGAUGAACUGCGUCGGUUGAUGAGAGAGAAACAAAAGCAAACGAUAGAUAAGAAGCGUGUCGAAUCCCCUUAUGCCAAGUACAACAGUCUCGAUCAUCUUAGCUGCGUACUCUGCAACGAGCGGGUAAAGAAUGAAAUAUUGUGGCAGACUCACGUUCUUGGAAAACAGCAUAAGGAGAAAGUUGCCGAGCUCAAGGGGUCUAAACAAAGUUCAACAGGUCACGGACCCCAGCCCCCGCUGAAAAGGAAAGCAUUGGAUUCUGAAGACACGAAUGGGAAAAAGUCUAAACAUGUGGCAGGUAACGAGCAGGCAUCUACGUCGUCAGGGCUGCCUGAUGUUUUCUUUGCGAAACCUGCCCCGCCUGGGCCGAAGAAACUAACUGGAAUUUUGAAAAAAACAUCUGCUGGACUGAGUCUUCUGGCCGGAGUCUAUAAUGAAGACGAAGAGGAGGCUGGUGACUCUUCUGACCUAGGGGCAGCCUCCAGCUCGGGUGUGCAGAAGGGGACACCUGCCCCAGGACUCCCAGCUGAUUUCUUUGACAACGGCACCAUUCCAGCUGUCCCAGCUGCCUCUCAUUCCGGGUCUAUCCUCAAACCAGAUGAAACUGAGAAGAGUGUGGAGAAGAAGGAAAAUACACCUGAAGCACUACCAGAAGGCUUCUUUGACGACCCAGUGAGAGAUGCCAAAGUCCGCAAUGUUGACGCUCCAAAAGAUCAAAUGGAUAAGGAGUGGGAAGAGUUCCAAAAGGAAAUGCGGCAGGUGAACACUAAAUCAGAGGCCAUUGUAGCCGAGGAUGACGAGGAGGGACGUUUUGAGCGUCAGAUUGAUGAAAUCGAUGAGCAAAUCGAAUGUUACCGGAGGGUUGAGGUAUUGAGAGAUAAGCAAGAUGUGGUGAAGAAAGUUGUGAAGGAGAAGACCGAAGACCAGGAAGACUCCAGGGGAAGCGAUGAGGAGGAUGAAGAAGAGCUGCUCCACUUGCUGUCAAGAGACUGGAGGGCUAAAGGGGCCCUUGCUUAAAAUUCCUGGGUCCUUUUGACCCAAAUAGGGUCAAUGUUUCUCCAGAUUGUAAAUAAAAUAGCAAAGUUGCAAAGGAGCCAGCUUCUUUCCUCUGUCAAUGACAAACCUUUGUUGAGGAUUUUGAAUGUCUAAGUGUUGUCUUGUACAGUUAUGUCUACAGUACCAGUCAAAUGUUUGGACACAGCUAUUCAUUCAAGGGUUUUUCUUUAUUUUUUUUACUAUUUUCUACAUUGUAGAAUAAUAGUGAAGACAUCCAAACUAUGAAAUAACACA